CGUGUUUCGAACCUCUUGAAUGAGUUGCCAAAACUGAUGGUAAAGAUCUGCCGAUGGCGUGACACAGCAAGCUUCUAACGCUUAUCUCCUUCACUGAGGCAAAGAGGUGUCGAGAGAAACUGUUGUGCUGCAUCCGCCGAUUGUAGAUGAUCAUAAGAUGGCAAUGCAAAGAUUCUGUUCUGGACUCCUCUAUCCCUUCACAGCUUUUGUGAUUCUCAUAAACUUAUCUUCUUCCUCAAAUGACCAAUUCAAGCCAGUUCGGUUUCUCGUCGAUCAAGAUGCAACGGAUAUGGAAGUUAAAGAGUACGUGGAUUAUUUCGCCCGGCCCACUAUAUCCAGUCCCUUAAAGCAGUUUCUCCACACACCAAGGACACUAUUCACUUUGGCCAAAGCAGCCGAAAUUGCUGUCGAGAAUUACAGCGAGAAUUCGAACAGAAUUUUCCGCCUUCGACAGAUCCUUGAUUUAAAAGAGUUACGUAAGGACACGCACUACUGGUUUCAUGUUCUGGUUUCGGAAGGCGACAAAUUCCUUACAGAAGCCUCCUUUGAGGUCAAAAUCGCCAAUCAUUCGCUUGAAGAGGAAAACUUGAACAGGGGCAAGUUUAGUUUCGGCGAUUUCAAAGAGAUUCGACCGUUUGAAGAAGAAUGCGACCAACUGAGCAAACUUGCAAACUGUACAUGCCGUUAUCACGGCAGGUGCGUUAAGGGGACAGCUCGUAUUUCGCCUUGGCUUGCUUUCGCUCUAAAAUCGCAAAGAGAGAUUCAAAUCGACCAGCCCUUCCAUCAGAUUCAAAUGGUUUCCGUGCACAACGCCUUCAAUGACCGAGCCGACGGGUAUGGUUAUGUAGACAACUGCCCCUGGCCACCCCCCUACCGGCAUCUUUGCUUGGAUUUAGCCAAUCAGGAGUUCAGUUUCACGGAUUUACUUAACAUGGGAGCGCGGGGUAUUGAAAUCGACCCGUGGUGGUGUUUCGGCAAAAUGUUGAUGAGUCACGAUGACGAUAAGGCGUACCGGGGGUGUGCACCGUGGGACAGGGAAUUUGAACAAGGCAUAAAAGAAAUUGGCGAGUGGGUGCACCAGCCAAAAAAUUACCAGGAGGUCAUUCGUAUAUACUUUGAGGAUGGGGCCAGUCACACCCAAGGCCAUGACCAGCUGAUUAAUGGUCCAAUUGCCAAGUACCUAGGAAAUAAAGUACUAACACCAAUCGAGCGCCAGAAAUAUUUUCAAGGAAGGUGGCCGACCAUGAAAGAACUGAGGGAAAUCAACAAAACUGUUGUCUUGGCCGGAUUCGGAGACCAACAUGGCGGUGAGUACAUUUUUGCCGGAUAUUGGAUUGAGCAGACAAGAAACUCCUUCGCUGCCAGACCUAAUUGUUCUGCUGUUAAUCCCGAUAAGCCGUCCAGAGUGUACUGCGACAGUACAGAAUACCUCUUUUUUUGGAAUGGUCCCAAAGAAACAGGUGUAAUUCAGGACUUUUCUAGGUACAUGAAGUGUGGAGUGACAUAUCCAGCCGCAGAUCAAGUCAACCCUGCUAUGCUUGCCACAGCUGUGUUCACAUGGGCUGAAGGUGAACCAUCACAGCCACUGGCCGACACUUCCUGUGUAGUGUUGCGUGGGGAGACCGAAAGAUGGCAUCUGUGCGACUGUCAAGAAAACCAUUUGUUUGCUUGUCAAUCAAACAAAAAUGCCAGCAUCUGGGCGACGAGUGCCGUGAGAGGGCAUUAUGCUAAACCUGUCUGUCCUGAUGGGUAUUAUUUCAGUAUUCCUCAUAAUGGCCUUCAGCAUCAGCAGUUGGUGAAUGUGAUUACAGGAAGAGAUGUAUGGAUCAACCUCACUCCAUACAUUCCCUUACUGAUAUGAUACUCAACAAUAAGACACUUUAUCUAUUUUUUUUGGAAGGAUGAUUAUUAAAUUAAAAGACUUAGAAAAUGAUUUAGUUCUAAUCUUAUAUUUUGAAUUUUUCGCACACUUAUACUUGGAGGCCUUUGAGGUACAGUAUACACAAGUGAGUUUAAGUCACAUGACAACGUAGGUGAGUUUAGUAACUUUACUUGAAUAACUACGUGAAUAUUUAAGCUCAUUAAAAAAAUAGUUAGCCAAAAGAAUUUGAUCAAAACCUCUUUGUAAGCUGAUACAAAAUGUACAUGUGUUGUGGUUCGAAGUUUUUGUUGGUUUAACAAUUUUUCACACCAGUUCUGUUCCUACUUCUUUUGUUUAAACAAAUAAUAACCAUACUCUGAGAUGAAAGAAAACAAAACCUACCAUCCCCUGCCCAUUAAAAACACCAAAUGGGAUGGCAUGUCUUUUGCUAAGCUUUUUAACAUCCAUAUGUUCUGAGACAAACCUCAGAUGAAUAAACCAAUUAACAUUUUAUAAAUAAUUGCAUAUCAAGUAUAAAACUUACCCUCAGGGCAGCACAUGUUUGAGAGAAUUUCUAAAGCAAGUUGCUGGGCAUUCAACAGCAUCUGUACAUCUUCAAUCUAACAAAGAAACCAUUCAAGAAAUAAGGUUUUUUCCCCUUCACCCUUUGACCUCCUCGAGUGACAACCAUCUAAUUUCUCCCUACAAUAUGACCUCUGAAUCACACAUCAAUGUCAUGAGAACAAAGGAAAUGAUCACCCACUAAAGAAGCUCUUGAUUAUUAAAACAAAUUCUCCUUGUCAGCAUCUUAGGAAAUGUACAGAGAAAAGUAGUGAGAAAAUGCAGACGGAUGGUAGAGUGUAAAGGAUCAACCCUUUAACUCCCAAGAUCUGAUUGUUAAUUCUCUCCUCUAGCUGCUAUGUGUUUCCUUGAAAAUAGGUUAGAAGAAUUUGGUGUUAGAUCAAGAUAACAACUUAAACCUGAUAAGUUUGAAUAUUCUCAUCACCCAUUUUCUGAAUAAUGUUUAGAUUAUUAUGGGGGGAAGUUCCUUGUUAAUCACUCCUGAGAGUUAAAGGGUUAAAUAGCACUACAAUAAUUCUCCUUAGCUCAAUUGGUGAGGCAUUACUCUGGAAAAUCAGAGGUGACUAGGUAAAACUUGUGACAAAAAAAAUCUGUGAAAUUCAACACUUACAAAACAGUAAUUUCCUCUUACCUUGGUGGGCUCUGGAAGGAGUUUAUUGAUGACAUCAAAACAGUUCACAUCAAGAACUUGGGCCAAGACUUUGACAACAGCCUGAAGGAGUUCAUGAAAACUGACUGGUGGAAUACUGUAGCGGAUGUUAUACAACACACCUGCAUGAUCAUGAAACAUCUGCUGAGUUACAGAAUGCUUGCAGCUGAAGCACAACUAUUUACAUUACAAGCAGCAGUAGUUAUUCAUAUCAACCAAAGGUUCUAGCUGAAAUUGUCAGAAAUUUUAACUUCCAGAAGUAACUGAU